AUGCCACAGCCUAGAAGAACAGACGAUGAGAUAGUCCGGAAGACAUCAGUCAGGACCCACAGAUCUCAGACAAGUAAUACCAGCGUCGUCAAACCCCUCAACAGCACCAGAUUGAACGGCCCCAUUCCUCGUAUGGGGUCCGUACCCCAGCUGGCACCGCCCGAAUUCGGCCCUCCACUUACAUAUUCUGACUUGAAUCUCAGCAUUCCAUACGCGGCGGUGCCAUCAACUAUCAGACCUAGCCUUAGGGAGACAAAGAGCUUUUUCUCGGACGACAGCUCCGCCAGAAGACAACGCAAGAGCCUGAAGGAGAAAUUGCACUUGCACAGCCUGCGCAAUGUGGUUCCUGGUUCAGCCGGCACGAGCCUGAUUGCCCAUACUGCUCGGUCCAACGACGGCAUUAAGCUCAGCCAUUCGUGCCAACUGAAGGGUCAUAAGCCUGCGGCGAAUCCGCGCGAGCUGCCUACGGACACUAUUCCCAUGACUGACUUUACGUAUAGGAAGCGAAAGAUGCUGGAGAGAUUGAAAGAAUGGUGGAAGAGGCAGUGCAUACAGAAAGUGGUGACGGGAAAGAAAAGGAAAGCGAGGACUGUGCCUGGAGCUCCUGCUUGGUAG